AUUCACCGUAGGGUUUUGUCAAACAAAGGGCCAGCUAUCAUCUUUGAAAAUGUUGUCACAGAAAACGGCAAAAAUUCGAUUCCAGUUUUAGUGAAUUUAUUCGGUACUAUUGAAAGAAUUGCCUUGGGACUGAACAUAAAUCCUGGUGAGCUAAGAGAUCUUGGUAAACUUUUAGCAUUUUUGCAAUCACCUGAGCCGCCAAAAAACUUUAAAGAUGCUAUGAAGAUGUUUCCUCUGCUAAAAGUCGUGUUAUCGAUGCGAAGUAAAGUCGUGAGCAAAGCUCCAUGUCAAGAGGUAGUGCUAACCGGAGAUGAAGUGGACCUAAGUCUACUGCCCAUUCAAAUAUGCUGGCCAAAUGAACCUGCACCACUUAUCACCUGGCCGAUUGUGGUGACAAAAGGACCUACGAAAGACAAACAAGAUAAUUUCAAUCUUGGAAUAUAUCGUAUGCAGGUCAUAGAUAAAAAAACAACUCUAAUGCGUUGGCUUGCGCAUCGUGGAGGAGCAGGUCACCAUAAACGAUGGAAAGAGAAGGAACAAAAUAUGAAAUUUCCUGCUGCUGCUGUGAUCGGUAGUGAUCCUGCAACGAUUAUUGCUGCAGUAACUCCAGUGCCAGAAACAUUGUCAGAAUACCAAUUUGCUGGACUGCUGCGAAAGAAGCCGCUUGAGCUGGUAAAUUGUAAGACUAUUCCACUUCAAGUACCAGCUCACGCGGAAAUCGUUCUGGAAGGCUAUGUGAGUUUGGAUAGAUAUCAAGACGAAGGGCCAUACGGAGAUCACACCGGCUACUAUAAUUCUGUUGAGCAAUUUCCUGAAUUUAAUAUUACUGCAAUUACUAUGCGUAAAAACCCGAUAUAUCUUAGCACUUUCACUGGCAAGCCACCUGAUGAACCAUCGAUUCUUGGUGAAGCACUCAAUGAAAUUUUUGUGCCCAUUCUUAUCAAUCAAUUUCCAGAGAUAGUGGACUUUUAUCUGCCACCGGAAGGUUGCUCAUAUAGAAUAGCGGUAGUGUCGAUAAAAAAAUCCUAUCCAGGGCAGGCAAAAAGAAUUGUUAUGGGCAUACUUUCCUUUCUAAAGCAAUUUUUAUACACGAAGUUUAUUAUCGUUGUUGAUGAUGAUAUAAAUAUACGUGAUUGGAAGGAAGUGAUGUGGGCAAUGUCAACAAGGAUGGACCCUGUGCGUGAUACAAUCAUGAUAGAAAAUGCACCUAUUGAUUAUUUAGACUUUGCUUCCCCUGAAAGUGGACUUGGAGAUUGGCGAAAGCAAAUACAAUAGCUUCACUAUCAUGAUAAGUGGGCUGGCGGAGUUUGUCAAGCAAGUUUUUUUGUUUCUGCGGGCUACCUGAGUCUAUUGAUUUCAUUAGAGCCGAAACUCUUGAGACCUAGGUGAUAAUUCUAUCUAAAAGAAUGCCGAAAAAGAGCAGCAACCCUACGUAGGAGUUAUUUUUAAAUAUGGACAUGCAUUGACUGGGAUCGUCAGGAUUGAAAUUUUUGCAUUGGCGGUGAAAUAUGAACCCUACGGCAAGUAGAGCAAUAUAAAAAAUGUUAUUUAAUGAUGAUAAAAUACCAGCAUAUAGCCACGUCAUAAGAGAUAUUAAAUAAAAUCUUUUCAACCAAGAUUUUGUUGUAUCACCAAAAUAUAAUGCGGUAGAUUUCAUCCCGAGUUUUUCAUCAUCUUUUUUAUCUUGAUGGGCGUAUAUGGUGUCAUAACUAAGCGUCCAAAAGACGCAUCCUAUAUAAAACAGCAAGGAUUCUAUACUGAUCUGGUUUGUUAUUGCUGCUGAGCCCAUGAGCGAUCCCAUAUUGAAGGUAAACCCUAAGAACAAUUGUGGCCACCAAACAUACCGCUUUAAUAAAGGGUAAGUAGCUAUCAUACACAUU